AUGUGGCGCCAGACCUUUCCCCACGCACUCCGCAUCCACACCAAACAGACUGCAUCCCGCUUCUUUUCCAGCCAUGUCGCUGUAAAGCAGACCAACCUGCUCAUCAACGGCGUAUUCGUGCCGUCCGUCUCGGGCAAGACCUUCGAGACGUUCAAUCCUGCUACAGAAGAGAAGAUCGCAGACGUGGCUGAAGCCGGUGAGGCUGACAUUGAUGCUGCUGUGGAUGCUGCCCGCGCAGCCUUUGAAGGUCCAUGGCGCACGUUACCCGCUUCCGAGCGCGGGCGUCUCCUCAACAAGCUCGCAGACCUCAUUGAAGCAAAUAUUGACGAAUUAGCUGCUCUCGAGGCACUCAACAAUGGCAAGCCGUGUGCGGAAGCAAAGGGGGCCGACCUUGGCCUCGUGCUCAAGACGUACCGCUACUAUGCUGGCUGGCCCGACAAGAUUCACGGCUCAGUGAUCCCUAUCACGGGUCCGUACUUGUGCUACAACAAGCCCGAGCCUGUUGGGGUCUGCGCGCAGAUCGUUCCGUGGAACUUUCCACUCUUGAUGAUGUCGUGGAAACUCGGUCCCGCUCUUGCGGCUGGCAACACGAUUGUGUUGAAACCCGCAGAACAAACGCCGCUUUCGGCUCUGCGUGUCGGAGAGCUCAUUGUAGAAGCUGGCUUUCCCAAGGGCGUGGUUAACAUUGUACCGGGUGCAGGCGACUCGGGACGCUACCUCGCGCAGCACCCGAACGUUGACAAGGUCGCCUUCACAGGCUCCACUGAGGUUGGCUACCAGAUCAUGCAGACGUCCCACGUGGACAAUCUCAAGCGCAUCACGCUUGAACUUGGCGGCAAGUCGGCCAACAUUAUUCUGGAUGAUGCGGACAUUGAUCUUGCGAUUCAGCAGUCGCAGCUUGGUCUGUUCUUGAACCAGGGCCAGUGCUGCAUUGCCGGCACGCGCGUGUACGUGCAGGACGGCAUCUACGACGAGUUUGUUCGCCGCUCGGUGGAGGCUGCAAAAGCGCGUGUAGUGGGCGACCCGUUCAGCUCUAGUACACAGCAAGGAGCGCAGAUCGAUAAGACUCAGUUUGAAACAAUUCUGGGCUAUAUUGACAAAGGUGUGGAGGAAGGUGCUCGUUUGCUGACUGGUGGCAAGCGACACGGUGACAAGGGAUGGUUCAUCCAGCCUACUGUGUUCUCAGAUGUGACGGACGAUAUGGUCAUUGCUCGCGAGGAGAUCUUUGGACCAGUCAUGCCGAUCCUCAACUUCAAGACCAUUGACGAAGUCAUCAAGCGUGCCAACGACUCGAUGUACGGCCUCGGCGCAGGUGUCGUGACGACGAAUCUGGACAAUGCCAUUAAGAUCUCGAAUGGACUGCGUGCCGGUACGGUUUAUGUGAAUUGCUACGACGUAUUCGACGCGAAUACACCGUUUGGCGGGUUCAAAGACUCUGGUAUCGGCCGCGAAAAUGGCGAGCUGGGUCUGCGCAACUACUUGGAGCACAAGACGGUAAUUAUCAAGCGCCCAGACGACUCGAUGCCUUAA